AUGCGCCUCGAGCAGGAACGGGCCCGCGCGCUCGGCGCAUCCAUCGACUUGUCGACGGUCCUCACAUACUCGUCUAGUACCCGUUCGUAUUUAUCUUUCACCAAGCGUCACGAGCUGCCGAUAGACCCGACACCCGACACCCUCUCCUUUUUCGUUGUGUAUAUGUCUCAUUACAUUAAGCCUACGUCUGUCGACUCUUAUCUAUCUGGUGUCUGCAAUAUCUUGGAAACCUAUUAUCCGGAUGUGCGAAAAAAUCGGCAAUCUGCCUUGGUGCGACGAACCCUCCGCGGCUGCAAGAGGCUCUACAGCUCGCCGCCCGAGAGAGCCACUGCGCUCACUGUCGAUGACCUUGCUCGUGUCUCUGCCGAGUCUGGACCAUCCUACGAAGACAAGCUCUUCGUAGCGAUGCUCUUCGUCGGGUUCUUCGGUCUCCACCGGCUGGGCGAGCUCGUUGACCAUGACCGGCCCGAUCUCCGCAACCCACGCAAGACCAUACGACGCUCGUCGGUCAAGUUUGCGGGAAACGGGACCUCCUUCAGUUAUUUCCUGCCUACGCACAAGGCAGAUCCCCUUUUCGAGGGCAACACUGUCCACAUCGUACGCCGUCGCGAGGGCCCUGAUGCAUACACCGCCAUGAAGAACUACCUUGCAGUGCGCGACCGCCAGGUCUUCGCUCUCUGCCCUCAGCUCUGGCUACUCGCGAAUGGGCGCGUUCCGACGCGUUCCUGGUUUCGAGACAGGCUCCGUCGCUUCUUCCCGAGCUCCGAUGUCGGUGGACACUCUAUGCGCCCAGGCGGUGCAACUUUCUUCGCCAUCGAAGGCAUGCCCGACGACAGGAUUCAAGGCCUCGGUCGCUGGUCUAGUGACGCUUUCAAGAUGUACAUUCGAAAGCAUCCCGCGCUCCUCCACGCGCUCAUCAUGGCGCGCACGCGGAAUACGAUUGCCACCGAGUAA